AUGACUUGGUCACCUGAUGGAACAACAAUUGCUGGCUCAUAUUUAGGCUUAUCAAACAACACUGCAGCAUAUCUUAAUAUGCCGCAAGACGUAUUCAUUGAUCAGAAUGGUACUCUCUAUGUCCUAGACAGUGGAAAUCUUCGCGUGCAACGUUUUUUUCCAAAUUCGACUAUUGGAACAACGAUCAUCGAUGGAACUUUUGGUUAUAAGCUCAAUCAAUUCUAUACCAUGGAUGGUAUUAGUGUAGAUCUUAAUGGAAAUAUUUAUAUUCUUGAUCAUGGAAAUGAACGUGUAACUAAAUGGAUACCUGGUGCAAUCAAUGGAACAGUUGUUGCUGGUAAUAAUGGCAUGGGUAAUUGUAUUAAUCAACUAUAUCUUCCUUAUGGAUUCUUUGUUGAUCCCAUUACAUUAUUUAUCUGGAUUGCUGAUACAUAUAAUAAUCGCAUCGUUCGAUGGGAAUCUCCAUCAACAGUUAUUAUUGUUUGUGGAAGUAAUGGAACAAGAUCGGACCAAUUUUACUCACCAUUCGGACUAUUUGUUGAUACAAUUAAUUCGAACACGAUUUAUGUUGCAGAUUCAUUUAAUCAUCGAAUUCAAAUGUGGUUACAAGGAGCAACUAACGGCACAACAGUGGCUGGCCAAACAAGUGUUUGUGGUUCGGGACUUAACCAACUAUGUUUUCCAUCGUCAGUCAUUAAAGACAAUAAUGGGAAUAUAUAUAUUGCAGAUUAUAUAAACUGUCGUAUUAUGCAAUGGAAGUUAGGAUCAACUUCUGGUACGAUGAUAGCUGGAAUCAUAUAUUAUGGAACAUUGCCAAAUCAAUUGUAUUAUCCAUUCAAUGUUAAAUUUGAUCUAAAUGGAGACCUUAUUGUUGCUGAUACUCAUAAUAAUCGUGUUCAAAAAUUCGUCGCUUCUUGUAGGAUUAUAACAAACACAACGUCAACAACAAUGAUUAGUCGUCUGACAUCAAAUAUGAUAUCAACAACCGGUCUUACCAAAUUUUCAAUAACAAUGAUAAAUUCAUCGACAACUUCAGUUUUAACCAAUAUGUCUACGUCAACAAAAACAUCAACAACAGAUAAACAAAUAUCAUUCGGUUAUAUUCAUGCUUGUCCUCAACAGUUAUUGAUACUCGUCUGCUCAAUUAUCAUCUUAAUGAAUAACUAA